UUCGCCGCUCUGCGACUGAAUAGAGACGAAAGAGAGCUUAGAGAAAGUACCCCGAGGUACACUGACUGUUGCUGUCGGACUAUAAGCUUUAAAUACAAGCUAGAACACAGUUAUUUGCUGGAAUCGUUUAUAUUAUUAGACUUUAGUGUGGUGACGCGCUUUAUAUAUACAUUGUGCAGCUUUAUGUGGGAGGAUAAGUUUCCUAGCCUGCUAACCUGGCUCACUAGCCUCGAAACAAACAACUCCGGAAUUUUUCGCUUUCACGAUAAAACCCAAAGGGGUAAAGUGUCCAGAGUAUAAUUAAAGAGAGGAAACGGCUCAAGGAGUGCCAUUUGUCCAUAUGAAAUGGAGUAAAUCUUCGGCGUCAGCUUGAGUUUAGCCACUUUGCUAAUGAAAUGCUGCUCUGCAUUUAGCGACUGAAUCCGGAUUGUCAAGCUAUAAUUGAGUCUUCUGUCAAUGUUGCAGACAACUUAACCAUUGUAGGCAGGAACUGCAUCCUGUCUGAAAUCUUGACUGACUGCAGCAUCUCUUGUAGUUUGGUGUAAUACAGGUAGUCGCUAGCUGAGGUAUCCAAGCGGAGAGAGAAGGUGCUGGGAGACCGUUUCCAAUAUCAGGUGCCCAGAGUGUCUGAUAUUGGAGCUUCUCUUCAGUCACUCACUUAGUCAAGGAGAUGGACGAAAAUGGAGAGAGCAUGGUGGACAUAGUGAAGGACUCUAUUGUAGCCUCUGCCUAUAGAUAUACCAAGGAAGAGCUUUUGGAAAUCAAAGAAUUGCCCAUUUCCAAUGAGAGGCCAGAUUGUCUUUCAGAGAAAUAUGACAGUGAUGGGGUCUGGGAUCCUGAAAAAUGGCAUGCAUCACUAUAUGCCUCUUCCGAAAACAACUUUCCAGCCGAAGGAUACAAGAAAGAUUAUACAGAGGAUAGAGUUCUACUAAAACGCAGAAUUGCAGAUCCUCGAGAACGUGUAAAAGAUGACGAUCUGGAGGUGGUUCUUAGUCCGCAGCGUCGAAGUUUUGGUAGUGGUUGUCAAGUGGCACCUACCGCCAUCCCUCGCCGUCCCAUCAGCCCUCUGGAGAACAAAGAAAACGAAUCACUCCGUCUGGGGGGUUCACGCCGCAUAGGGAGUGGCCGUAUCGUGGCAUCACGUGUAUUUGAGAGGGACCCACGAGUCGACAAGGAGCGAGAGAGAGAGCGUGACUUUAAGGACAAGCGAUUUAGGAGAGACUUCGGGGACAAAAGAGUGUUCAGUGAGAGGAGAAGAAAUGACUCGUAUGCAGAAGAGGAGCCAGAGUGGUUCUCUGGUGGACCCACUAGUCAGUCAGAAACAAUUGAGCUCAUUGGCUUUGAUGACAAGAUCUUGGAAGAUGACAAACGGAGGACCAAACGCUCGAGAAAAAAGCCGGAGUCUGUUAAAGAAGUUGAAUGUAAUGGAGGGCUGUCUGAGGUAGUUCACAAGUCGGGAGCUGAUCAAGAGGUUCCACAUGCCGAAGUUCUUCCUGAGCAAACUCCUGGAGAAUUUGACUUCAAUGAGUUCUUUAAUCUAGAAAAGACCAUGCCUGUCUUGGCAUCGAUGAUUGAAGAUGUUCUCGGUGAGGGUCCUGUCUCGGCCAGCCGAUUCAGCCGCUGGUUCUCCAGUAAUUUGAGUCCCUCUGGCAGCCGCUCCAGCAGUCUACGCUCCACCCCUCACGAGGAGCUGGAGAGACUAGCAGGUCUCAAUCCUCAAACUGGUUCUCUGAAUCAGGGCCCCUCCUUAUAUUUCACCCCCAUCCCUUCAGUGGAACGUAAAGAAAAGGUUGACAUAAUGGAGCUGCUUCAUAAAGCCAAUAUCGACCUGAAACCUCUACUGUCCAACCUGAAUGUCAAUAAGGCUCGACUAAAGGAGAGCACAAACUCUGGGGUGGUGUUAUCUCUGGAGGAAGUUGAGGGGGGUUUGAAAGCUCUGAAGGUUCAGUCUGAACUGGCUCCAUCACUACCUCAAAGGCAGCUGAGCGGUGGAGGAGGAACUCCUUUUAUGGCGGAACACCUGGAGGAGGCUCUCACUGGUGGAACUGGGGUUGCACCACGAUCUCGAGACCCUGACAUGUCUGCAUUUAAUAAGUUAGUGAGCAGCAUGAAGGCAAGUGGAACCCUACCCACCCACCCCAAAGCCAGAGGGAGCAAUUUACAGCAGCAGUCAGUGGAUCCUGAGGCUCAGGUACUUGCCUCUCAACAGAAAAACAUCUUUCAGGAAUUAAUGGUUGCCCCUCAUGGUCCUGUUCCUGGCCUCGUACACCACCACGCCUCACCCCCACUCUUCCCACGGACUGCUCCUAUACAGGAUUUUUACCAAGGCAUACAAUCUGCAACAGGGUUCCAUGCUGGACCACAGACAGUGUUGGAUCAAACUCCAGACUUUCAUCAAGCCAGGAUCAUAUCACAGCAGAUGAGAGCUUUGCCUAUGGGUGUGGACCAGACCAGUCUGGAAGCUCUGUUCCAGCAGGAUCUGGCAGUACAUAAUCGGCCACAGUACCAACAAGGCAACAACAAACAGGCUCAUGAUAAGGCCUAUCGCAACAGACAACCUCGGAUGAACCAUUCUCCUGGGCCUCACCUGCCUGGACGGAGCUCACCUGGCAAUGCAGUUACUAGUGUGUUGUCUCCAUCCUUCACUCCCACCUCUGUGAUCAAGAAGAUGUACGAGUCAAAAGAGAAAAGUAGAGAUGAUACUGGGAGCAGACCAGGGAGCAAAGAAGAGACCGUGAACUUUCAUAACUCACAUGAGGAUGGGUUUGUAUCACCCAGUUCCUUUCUGGAAGAUGUGGACACCAGUGGUCCUCAGACUGGUGGGGUAAAGGUUUGCUCCACCCCAGUCCCUGCUCACAAUCGUCAAACAGACAUGGACCGACCCAGACCUCAUUCCACAACUGGCCAUCAUACUCCCACCAUGCUUUCCCCUGGGCCCUCUUCUCCCUUCCCCAGACCCCAGAUGUAUCCAGUCCCUCUGCUUCCCCACGUCCCCUUGGUCAGACCUCCGCAGCUACACCCUGGCGUGAUGCAGAGGAUGCUGUCUCAGGGCAUCCAGUCUCAGCAGCUUGGGCCCACGUUGUUACAGACAGGCAUGUUCCCUCACGCAGUAGACCUGUCUCAGCUGCAGGGUCUUCCGCCAGCCCUCUUGGGGCAGCCUCUGUAUCCGCUUGGUCCUACAGUGCAUCCGCUAAUGGCCUCUAAACCUCCUGGACCACACAUGCAUUUAGCAGUCAUGCAGCAACAACAGCAACGACCUGAUCUGCAUUCAGGUGGCCAUCAGUCACAGAGCCACGGUCCACAUCGGACAAACCAUUCCCAGCGAAGAGGGGGUAGCCCUCCUCUGGGCUUGGCCAAGUGGUUUGGCUCUGACAUGCUUCAACAGCCCCUCCCUUCCAUGCCUUCUACUAAAGUAAUCAGUGUUGACGAGCUUGAGUUCCGCCAGUGAUGACUUCCUGUGACCGUUCAGCGGGAGUAAAGCGAUACAUCCCUUCCCCACUGUCCUCUAGUUGGAGAGAUGUGAACUUUGAUUUCUGCCAUUUAUGUACAGAUGACAGAGCCCUGUCUAUUUUUCUGUGCUCUGUCUGAAACCUUGCAGUUGCUUAUUUUUGAGAAGGCCUAAAUGUUAAGGAAAAAGGGAAAGGAUUCGUUUUUUUCCUGACACUAUUGUCACAAAGUAAUGUAGUUUCUCAGUUUUUUUUUUUUUUUUUUGUAUUUUGUUGUUGACUUCAGUUUUGUAGUAAAGAAAGUAAAUGUAUAAGCGUGCACUGUACAGACUAUGGGAAUGGAUUUCUUUCCCACCAUGUACAUAGAAUUGGGUGUUUUCUUUAUUAGCUUUUAUGUGGGGAUGGUUAUCCUGCUUUAAGGCAAAGAAUGGUGGUACCGUUUCUUUUUUUCCUUUUCGAGUCACGAUGUCUGCAUAAUGUUCUGUUUCCCCCAUCUGGUUGGGAAAGGGUGGGACUGCUGAUUUCUUGGAAUGGAGAUGUUUGUAUGUGUCUCGAUUUGAAUGCAUCCCUGAUCCAGAGAUACAUGCCAUCAACUUUUGCUGGAGCAUUGAAUCCAGAAUGUUCUGCAAGAACAGGGCCCGGAGACACUCUUGCACCCCAAGCCGAGAAUACUAGUUGUGCCUUUUUGCUUUUUCUUUUUUUUUUUUUUUUUUUUAAGAAACCCCCCCCCAUCCUCCCUCUAGCCUGUCCUAGUCACUAUAUGAGAAGUACUUCUCUGAAUCACAUUUGUUUUAGGCAGGGGUUGGCAAAUAAGUAAUGUGCUAUUAAUUUAAGAAGCACAAGUAGUUAAUAAAUAUUAAAAAUUUCAAUAAAAAUCAUUCA